AUGAACACAGGGGGAAUUGAGUCAAUAAAGAUCCAGUCGAUAAAAAUGGAAUCUCAGCCAGCAUCUCCGGGAUUUGGAGCGUCACUGCAACUGAAGGACUGCAUAGAAGAGCUGCUGAGAUUCAUACUUGCUUCCUCCAUUGACGGCACUCUUGAAAUUGACUUAGGUCUCUCUAAGGACUAUUGCUCCAACCUCUUACAAGAAGAUCCCUCCGACCCCUUUCUCGAUCCCACUGGUCUUUCUGAAGGAGUUCCGUUAUAUCCUUUAUACAAGCGCCUUGCAGCAUCCUUAUAUGAAGCUAUUUCUUCUGAAGCCUUACCAAGGACAGAAAACAAACUUGCUGUAAUGCAAGAAACUAGUUCUUUGAAGCAAAAGGAAGAAGAGUGGGCCAGUUUGAUUAGGGAAAAAGGUUCUCAUUUGCUCAAUGUGCUAAAAUCUGUGGACUUUGAACUCCAUGUUCAGGAGCCUUACUUCUCCCUGCUUAGAAAUGGACAGAAAACAGUUGAAGGAAGGUGUGCUGUUGGACACUACAAUAAAAUUGAAUCAGGUGCUUUCAUCCUCAUCAACAAAUGUUUAAUUCUUCAAGUUCAGGAUGUCCGUCAUUAUUAUUCAUUUCGUGAGAUGUUAGAAGCAGAGAGUCUUAAAGAAGUUCUUCCUGGAGUGGAUACCACUGAAGAAGGUGUCCAAGUUUACCGGAAAUUUUACUCAGAAGAGAAAGAAAGGUCAAAUGGUGUUCUUGCUAUCAGUGUUAAGAAGCUGAUUUCUCAGCCUUCCAUUGAUCUGAGCUCCAUGCUAUCUGAACUGAGCUAUGCUGGUGUUCAGAGGCUUUUAGGAUUCGUAUGUACAGCUGGAACAGUUUCUGAGGCACUUCCACCGCCAACAUCUUCUCUAAUCUCAUCAUUUCUAUUGCCACAUAAUCCAAAUACUAAAGGUUGUACAUUGACUGAUGGAGCGAGGGCAUUGUCAAAGCACGUUAACAGGAGCAGUGACAGAUACUGGGGUGGUUUUUCUGGAAGUGAUUCUGAUAAAAAUAGGAAUGCCCUGGAUGUCAUCAGGAACUUAAUAACGCGUUCCUGCUGGAUGAAUGUGCAUAUUGUUCCACCACAUGGUGUUGUUUUUGAGAUAAGAGUUGUUAAUGGUUACGGUGCACGGUGGUCUAAAGAUGGAAGUAAGUUUAUUGGUUUCCUUGAGCCCUAUAUGGAGGAUGGCCAUUCAAAGGGAUGGAGGCACUGAAUAGCAGAAGAUACAAUAGGCGUUUGACCAUGAUUUUUUUU